UAUAAUAAUAUGUGUAUGCAUGUUGCAGCAAGAGAGAUAGAUAUUUGCUAAAAUGCCGGAAGAAUAAAGAUUUAUCAAGAUUCAGGAACACUAAUCUGAUUUGAAUAUAAGAAUACGUAUUUUAUAUCAAAAAUUUGUUCAUGAUGGAUUUUAAUCAAUUUUUUUUACCAGCAGAACAUAUGUAUAAUGAAGAUUAGAUAUUUAAAUCAGUUCAUAUAGAGGGAUGUCCUCCACUAUAUCAAGUUUAAACAGCCUGUUCUCCUUCACAAGUCCUGCUGUUAAACGUCUUCUAGGAUGGAAACAGGGUGACGAGGAGGAAAAAUGGGCAGAGAAGGCUGUUGACUCACUUGUGAAAAAACUUAAAAAGAAGAAAGGGGCUUUAGAAGAUCUCGAGAAAGCUUUAAGCUGUCCGGGACAGCAAAGCAAAUGUGUAACAAUUCCUAGGUCUCUGGAUGGUAGGUUGCAGGUAUCUCAUAGGAAAGGUUUGCCUCAUGUAAUCUACUGUCGUGUGUGGCGUUGGCCAGAUUUACAAAGUCACCAUGAACUUAAAGCCCUUGAUUGUUGCGAGUUUCCAUUUAAUGCAAAACACAAAGAAGUGUGUAUAAAUCCGUAUCACUACAAAAGAGUUGAAAGUCCAGUACUGCCCCCAGUUCUAGUCCCACGAUACAGCGAGUUUCCAGCAGGUCACAACCCAUCGAUGCCCCCAUUUCAGGCAGUACCAGAACCAUCAAUGCCACACAAUGUCACAUACCCAAACAACUUCCAUACUGGCCCAACAUCCCCGGCCAGUUCUGGACCUGGCAGCCCAUAUGGAGGUGUACCGGCGGAUACACCGCCUCCGGCUUACCAAGUUCACGAUGACAACAGCCCACCAAGCAGCCAGAGCCGGGGUCAACAGCCCAUGGAUACAAGCAUGCCCCCUCCACCAGUUCCCCCACCUACAGUCAAUAUACCAAUGAGUGAUAAAUAUCCAGCUCAUAUGCAACCAGUGACCUAUCAAGAGCCACAAUACUGGUGUUCUAUUGUAUACUACGAAUUAAACAACAGGGUAGGAGAGGCUUUCCAUGCCUCACAAACGAGUAUAGUUGUUGAUGGUUUCACAGACCCCUCCAAUAAUGCAGACAGGUUCUGUCUUGGUCUAUUGUCCAAUGUAAACAGAAACUCUACUAUAGAAAACACAAGAAGACAUAUAAGCAAAGGUGUUCAUCUAUAUUAUGUUGGUGGUGAAGUGUUUGCCGAAUGUCUCAGUGACAGCUCUAUAUUUGUACAGAGCAGGAACUGUAAUUAUCACCAUGGUUUUCAUCCCACCACAGUGUGUAAGAUUCCACCAGGCUGCAGUCUGAAGAUCUUUAAUAAUCAGGAAUUCGCGGCACUUCUCAGUCAAAGCGUGAAUCAUGGAUUUGAGGCUGUGUACGAACUUACAAAGAUGUGCACUAUUCGUAUGAGUUUCGUUAAAGGCUGGGGAGCAGAAUAUCAUCGCCAGGAUGUAACCAGCACACCAUGUUGGAUAGAGAUACAUCUGAAUGGUCCGUUACAGUGGUUAGAUAAAGUUCUCACUCAGAUGGGCUCACCCCAUAAUGCAAUAUCAUCUGUAUCAUGAUUCUUUCUAUUCACAUAAGUUAAACAUUCAGAUCAAACUAUGACAUACAAUCAAAACCAGGAUAUAGCUGCUAUAUGUAUGCUAAAAAAAAGAGAAAUAAUUCUGGAUGUACAGAUAAAAUGUUUUUAUCUUUUCUCCUUGAAAAUGAGUAUAUGAACAUUUUAUAUGUUGAACCUUUCAUUCAAGAGUUAUUUUAGAAAUCUGAAUGCAAAAAGAUCUGUUUUAAUUCAUUUUCAUCAGAUAUAUAUAUACAAGUGUCAUUAAUUUUAAGAGAAAAUAUGCCACCCAAAACAAAAUAUAGUGAAACAGGGUUUGGUUUUGAUGUAUACAAAGAAAAUUCUUUGUGUAUUUUCAAACCAGUGUUUGAUCUAUGACAAAGCUUCUUUUUUUUUAAAAAUGUUGUAAUGUUUACCUGUGAGGAAUGGGUGCUUUAUGUAUUACCAAUUCAAUAUUCAUAUUGUUGAAAAAAAUCCAUGAUAUCAUUGUCUACAUUGUAUGUCCUACAUGGUUUUGUAUGUGUAUAGUCUGAAAAAAAACUGUCAUUUUAUGCUUGCAUUAGGUUCCUGCAACAUUAAAGCUGGGAAGAUGGGUUGAAUUUUUGUUUGUUCACAAAUAAUUAGCUUUAAUUGUAUUUAAAGAAGACAUUUAGUAAUUUUGAAACUAACGCAUGAGUUGUCUCUUUAAAUUAGACAGGUUUAAUUUUUAAUCUGCUGAAAUUGCUGUACAGGAUAAGCCCUGCUUUGAAUUUGGAACAGUCAAUUCAUAGUUUGAGGUUUUUGAAUUUCAAAAUACAAAAAGCAAGCUAGCAACUGUAUAGAGCCUAGACAGACUGCAAGGAAAUUUUGCUUAACUGAGCUUAUAUGAUUUCAAAAGCUUGCUAUUUCAUUUUCUAAAAGAUUGAAAUUACAUCAAUUUUCAGCCAGAUUCUUAUUCAUCUUGACAAAAGCACUUUACUGAAAAGAGUGAAAAAAUCACCUUUUUUUUUAAGUGCUAUUGCUUUCUUUAAAACUCUUUGUAAUUAAUUCAUAAUGCUGUUUUACAAUACUCUUGUAGAUCUAGAUUUUUAUGAAACUUAUACAAGUUCAUAGGAUAUCUAAUUAAUCAGUUUUAAGUUUAAUAGCCAGAUAGGUCAACUCAAAAAAGAUAUAUUUUGUAAAGUAGCAAUACAACAUAUUUUCUGAAGAGCUUUUAAAUCCAACUUAUAGUUUUAUCUUAUAUUUGAACUGGACUUGGGUGGGGCAUAAACCUAUCUUCUGGAACCUUCAGGUUGCUUGUCAGGAAGAAGGGACUACAGAUGAGAAAUGCAUGAUUUAUUGAAAAAAAGAGUAACCUGUAACCUGCUGAAGUUUUGUAAUGGGUUUGCCCUGCUUUGAAUUUGGAACAGUCCAUUUACACUUCAAGGGAUUUUAGUAUCAAAAUUCAUAAAAUGGAGCUACCAUCAGUAUGGCACCUGUUCAGACUGCACGGAGAUACCACUUGCCCGGCUCGAAUACUUGUGGCAAAGGCUGUAUCACUCACUUCCAGUAGGUUGGGAUGAAGUUUUCAGCGUUGUUCGUGAAUAUGAUAAGAAUGAAUGAAUGGAUUAUGUUAUUUUUGCGCAUACAUUUAAUGAUUUUUCUAUAGUAAUAUUUUUAUUAUUAUUUUCUCAAAAGUUUAUUGAAAAUACUGUUACUUCUGUUAAUCUAAUUACUAGUUGCAGGCUUUGAAACAAGUAUAUUUAUUCUAAUAGUUCUUGAAAGAUAAUACAGUUUACAAUGCUGUGGCAUAGCCCGUUUUUACAAACAUUAUUUGAUAAGUUGUAGAUUAGUUUAUGUGAAAGAGGUAAAAAAGAUUAGUUUAUGUGAAAGAGGUAAAAAAUGCUGAAAAAUAUUUGCAUUUACUUAAAAUACUGCUUAAGACUCUGAUUUAUUUUUGCCUGUGUGUCCUGCUAGCUUACGGAAUAAUGUUGUUUUUACUGAUCUAUAAUUGAAGUAAUGUAAAGCGGCACUUAGGGUCGUUCUUUGCCACAAAGGCUAGAAGGUCUAUAUGACCUGAACAGUGAAAAUGUUACUUGAAACUCAUCCAGAAAUAAACAGAUAAAAUCUCAUGUUUUCCUAUAUAAUUAAAAUGAUAAAUAGUAUUGAUCUAGAAUGACAGGAUCUUUAAUUUGUUAAUAUUGAGAUUUAAUGAGGAAAUAAGCCCAUCAAAUGAAGGAAAUUUAAGUAGAUAAUUUCUGUUUUUUAUCUUAUGCCUAGACAUUUAGCAUAAAAAUUGAAAUUUUAAGCUUUUCUCAAUGCAUUCUUAGACUUUUUGAAUACUGUUAGUGUAUAACUGUCAUUUAAUUAUUCUGGUACAUUUAUUUGUUCCAGACAUAAAAGAUUGAGACUGCUGUAACAAAUGGGCAAUUUUUAGAAGAUCAGACAUGAAAUUGCUCCUUUACAUAUUUAGGUUAAGUCAUAUAGCUUGCAUAUAUAUAUUUCUGAAGGAAGCUUAGUGCCUAUAUUGACUGUUUUGCCUAUCUAACAAAACAAGAAAUGUAUAAAAUUUGAAUGGUAACAUCAGAUCUUAGGGGAUACAUCAGUUCCUUAAGUUUAAUGUCAGUUAUGUUUACACAUAGCAUAGGUCAUAUCAUUGUGUGGACACGGGUCACAUGUAGACAUAGGUCGCAUGUGUAGACACAGGCCCCAUGUAGACACAGGCCACAUGAAAAGUCUUGUCACAUUUUUGGACACAGGCCACAUGUAGACAUCAGAAGUGAACACACAGGGUGCAUAUGUAUACACAGGUGAAAUGUGUAGACAUUGAGUCAUUUUCUUCAUGGGUGCAAUCAAUACAUUCAAGUUACUAUUUUUGUCUAAUUUGGUUCACCUACAGUUUGACUUUGCUUGUUUCUUCAUAUUUGAUAGCAGUUGGACUGCUUUUAACAUGUUGCUACACACACACAUAUUUAUAUAAAAGCUUUACUUUUGUGAAACUUUGUUUAUAGGGGUGAAUUUUUUAGAAUAAAUUUACAUUGUUUCAUGUGAUGUUUUCUUUUCAAACUGUAUGACUGUUGUUAAAGUGCUAAGGUGAUAUGUAGUAGUGUGAAUAAAGUUUUAGUGUUAAUGAGUAUAGUAUAAAGUCUAUGUCUAGUUUUUUGUUAUUACACACACAAUAUAUAUAUAAGAGAUGAUAUAAGCAAAUUUUUUAAGAUUUUCAUUGUUUUUUUUUUUUGUUUUUCUUAUUUUUCUGUACUGAAAGAAAUUUAAAAAAAAAGGAAAGAUUUUUAUCUAGCACAACAAAAAAGGUGAAUAUGUUGAUGUUUUUAUGUUUGAUAAUUGUGAAUAAGAUGAUGAGCAUUUAUAGGGCUAAAGUAUAUAAAUAUAAAUACUGUAUGUCCAUUGUUAUUUGUAUGAAACUUUAUUUCAGAUUUUAAGUUAAUGUUUUGAGAUUCCUGUUUUAUGCACAUUUAUGUGGCACUAAGAUUAUUUUUUAAGUGAAGAAAUAUAUACACUUUAUGUGUUGCCCCUCUGUGUAAAAUAAAGGUUGUUUGCAUUUUAUUUUGAUGUUGUUACGAGAAACCCAUUGUUGGGAACAUUUAGUUUUUCAAUACUAAAGGUAGGCAACUCUUCAUGAUGGUAGGAAGAUGUAGGUUUUCAGAAAUCAAAGUGACUUGGAAAAGUAGUGCUAAAUAUUUUGUAUAUACAAUAAGAUACAUCUCUAUAAUUACUCCAUGUCUUUUACUCCUGCUGUAAUUUGUUGUGGAUUUAUCUUACAUUGAAUUUAGUAGUCUAUUAUGAGAUUGAGGGAUUUCAACAACUAAUUAAUGAAAUCAAGCAGCCAACAGUAGCUCAGGUUGCAUAUUUUAUGCUAGCCUGGCUCUAUAUACAUCAAGUUAGUUUGAGUACCAAUGAUCAAAGUGUAUUUUAUGAACAAACUUUUAUAUCUGCAUAUAUUUUACUUUCUCUUUUCAAAGGUGAAGAUAAGAAAAAGGUUUUCUUUCAUUUACUUACCCACCAAUUUUGUAGGAAACUAAAUUUAUUUUUGUAUUAAAUCUGAAAUGUCUUCUUUUUUUUGUCAUUCAUAUACAGAACUCUUUAAUUUAGUGUUUUUUUCUAACUUUAAAAACAUCUAUGUAAAUUUAAAAAUCAUUUUGGUAAAGUGUGAUUUUGUUAUAUGCUUUGAUAUUUCAAAGUUUCUAUGUUUGUUUGUUAUAAGUAUACAUGUUUGUGAUCUCAGGUGGAAGGGUAUUUCAGUGUGAUACAGAAAGGAAAGCAUGGUAUUAUUUGUGUAUUCUUUAAUAAAAUGCCUGGGAUUGUUAGCGGGCACAUUUUCCAAAAGAUUUUUAACAGGUUGUUGGUUAGUAAAUAAUGGGGAUUAUCAGAUUUAUAUUAAGUUUUAUAGUCAAAAGAAAUUGAUUUUAAUUGAUUAUCUGCAAGUUUGUUUUUCAAACUUGCAGAACUCUUUAAAUUUUGUUUUGAGCUACUUUGGUUGUAUAGUAAGGUUGUCAGUGAAAGAAAUGGCUGGGCAUUCACAAGAAUACAUUUUGCUAUCUUGUUUAUAUUGAAGAAAGAAUUUUAGAAAUGAUGACAAGAUUUGGUUUAAAUUGAAGUGUUACCUUUAAUUGUUUUCUUAGGCAAUAAAGCGCAAGUGUGGUUUCUUGUAACUAACUUAACAUUUUGUUUUUUGUAUAACCUGUGCUGACUAGAAGAUUCUAAAUUCUUGUUAUCUAUCUUGCAUGUGUAAAGUUAUUUGUGCAAAUAUAUAAAGGUUACAUUGUUUUGUUACUGUCCUGUUUUGCUACAGCUGUGAGCGUUUCUUUGUUUAUAUUUUUAUAGUCAUUUUUGUAAUGUAAUAUUUUUAAGAAUUCAUUAUUAUUAUUUGUUUGCAUUUAUGUACAAGCCAAUGUUUUUUUGUAAAUAUUUGUAAAUAGCAAUAUAGUAUAUAAAAUUUCUACAUGUUCUGUAACUUUUUUGAAACAAGAUUUAUUCUAAACAAUAAAUGAAUAGAAUUUUUCAAAUUUUACCCUUCUUUAUGAUUAACUAAAGGAAAAAAUGAGCGAAAAACAUUUAUUCAUAGAUACUUGUGAAGAUUUAAUGUAUGUGUUCCUUGAUGUUUAAACAUAGAAGAUUCCUACAUUUGUCUGUUAUGCUACAUCAAACAUUAUUUUGUGUCGUACAUUUACAUUAAAAGGUUUUUAGCUCCCCACCAAGUAACAUGUUUCAAAUUGACUGCUUUAAGAAUAUUAGCAAUAAAAUUAAGAAUUGUUUUCAUAAUGUUUGAGGCUUCAAUAGCUUGUACAGAAAUAUGUUUUGAUGUGUUGAAAUUUAUUUUUGGCAGUAGUAUUUCAUUUAUUUGAAUAUAACAUAUGAUUACAAAAGACAUAAGGUAUUUUGUAUUGUUACUUUUAUAGGAUAAAACAUUUUAUCUUUCAAAAAUAUUUACAUCCUUUCUUUUUGUUAAUCAAACUGUCUUCCAUUAAUAAAACAAAAACACACAAAUGUAUCAGAUAUAUUUGAAAAUUUAGUUAUCUAAAUUAAUAUUAAUAAAUCUUAAGGUAUUCAUCUUUGAUUUGUAAAAGUAAUAAUUCGUUGGAUUACACAUUUCUUGACAUUUUUGACUUCUUGUUAAUUUAAGUUUGUUGAGUCUUGUUCAAGCUAGAGAAUAGUGGUCAUUUUGAUGGUCUUGUUUGGAAGUUGUUUGCAUUUAGACAUGACUUUUUUACACAAAAUAAAUGUUACCUUUGUCAUUGACUAUUAGCAUAGUAACUUAUGUUAACAUUGUGCAUCUUUAUAUUGGUACAUUUCAUAUGAAUACUGUGAAAUAAAUAUUAUGCUGCAGGAA